AUGCAGCAACUAGUUUUGCUGAAUAACAAACUACUAUUAGAUGCAGUCUUGAAGAAAUUUGUUGCUGGAUUGGUCGUUGGGAUAGCGUGCAGCGGCGUAACAGGGUUACGAGAAGCUGCUUUGAAUGCGUUGAGAGGUUUGGCUUGCAUUGAUGAUCCUGAUCUCAUUUGGAUUCUUUUAGCCGAUGUGUAUUAUUCUCUCAAGAAGAAGAAGAGAGACAUGCUUCUUCCACCAUCGCCGGAGUUUCAAGAGAUAUCCAUGGUAUUGCCUUCACCGCGAGAAGAUUCCCCGGGGAGGUUUCUAUAUGUUGAGUAUGGUGGUAGGAGCUAUGAUGUAUGUCGUUUGUUUUGUUCCGUCGGAGGAAAAAUAAUUGGAAGCGAACGGAGCUCGAUGGAGAAGAAGAAGAGAAGCAGAGCAAGGAGCGAAGAUCCUUCUUCGUCUUCCGAGAAUGAAGAGAGAGUUAAGAGGCAUAGAGGAACAGAGAAAGAUGAUGAGAGGAGAAGCAGGAGAAGUGAGAAGAAGAAGAAGGAGAAGAAAUCUCAUAAGCACCACCGAUCAAGUUCAUCAAAGAAGUCGAAGGAUGAUAAGCACAAAAAGAAAGACGCAGAAGGUGACCACAAGCUAAAAGAGGGGAUCGCAGAGCUAACAAGUGAGGACUACUUCUCUAAGAACAACGAGUUUGCCACAUGGCUGAAAGAGAAGAAGCGCACUUACUUCAAUGAUCUCACGACCGAGUCUGCACGGGAGUUGUUUUCUCGCUUUGUCAAGGCAUGGAACAGGGGGAAACUCGAGUCCCGAUACUACGAGGGAAUCUCCACUGCUCCACGAACAGCUCACAACUGGAAGAUCAAGCAGAAGUGAAACAAUCAAAACCCUUACUGCUGUUUGCUUCUUGUACGUUUGGAGGUUGAUGAUACAAGACAUACCUUCUCCAGUUUGUUCUACUUAGAGCGUUGUUACGAAACUUGUCAGAUAGAGACGGAUUUGUAAUUGGUUUUCAUAGGAAGAGGAAACUUCACAUA